GUCCAUCGUCUAAGGUCAGUGGAUAAUUUAUUUGUUGUCAUUCAGGAAUUCAAAGACUAUCAAUUUAAAGAAAACAAGGAAGAUGCUCUAAAGGAUUUGGAAGAUUUGGUUAAAAAACUGCCUUGGACUGAUCCAUUGAAAGUUUGGAAGCUGAACAACAGCUUGAAAAAGAAAAAGACAAAACGCAAAAAACAUAAUCUGCAGAGUACUGCAAGCAAAGAGAAGUUGAAUGACGAUGGAGAAGAGGAAGGAACAGAUCAAAAAGACGCUAGUAAAGAGGAGGACUGUGCCCAGCACAAUGCAGGUGUAGAACCCACUAGCAGCCAGGAUACAGAAAAGACACAAGGAGUGGCACCCCGAAAUGGGGAGGAGGAGGAGGAGAAUGAACAGUCUGACGCUAAAGAUGAAUUGCAGGCGGGUUCUGGGAGUGGGACCAAGGCUGGUGAUGGUAAGACAAGCGAAGGAGAGGCAAAGGUGUUGAAGUUCCGUGUUACGUGCAAUAGAGGAGGAGACAAGCACAGUUUCACGUCAAAUGAGGCUGCAAGAGACUUCGGUGGAGCUGUGCAGGAACACUUCCAGUGGAAAGCUGACAUGACUAACUUUGAUGUAGAGGUUCUUCUGAAUAUUCACAAUAAUGAAGUAGUUGUGGGUAUUGCAUUAACUGAAGAGAGUCUUCACAGAAGAAAUAUUACACAUUUUGGACCCACAACUCUUCGUUCAACUCUCGCUUAUGGCAUGCUUAGACUCUGUGAUCCACAGCCAACGGAUAUCAUAGUCGAUCCCAUGUGUGGUACAGGUGCAAUACCAAUAGAGGGAGCUACAGAAUGGCCUAGCUGCUACCAUAUUGCUGGUGAUAACAACCCACAAGCUGUAAAGAGAGCAGCAAACAACAUCUGUUCUUUACUAAAGAAAAAUGAGAAUAAGGAAAGCAGUACUUCCCCGGGGAUACCCUUAGACAUCAUUCAGUGGGAUAUUUGCAAUCUCCCUUUGCGGACCGGUUCUGUGGACGUUAUUGUGACAGACAUGCCAUUUGGAAAGAGGAUAGGGUCAAAGAAGAAGAACUGGGAUCUCUAUCCAGCCUGCCUUAUGGAGAUGGGCCGGAUCUGCACUCCGGGGACAGGCAGGGCUGCGCUGCUUACACAGGACAAGAAAUGCUUUGCCAAGGCCUUGUCACGAAUGGGACACAUCUGGCGCAAAGGUCAGACUGUAUGGGUGAAUGUAGGGGGACUUCAUGCUGCAGUGUAUCUUCUGAAACGCACCUGGGAAAGAGCAGAAGAAAAAAGAUCGUUCUGGUAACCUGUGUGGAAGAAGACAAGAGACACCUCCAGAAUUUGCUGAAUAGCAAUCUGGUAAAGCAGACACCUGGGAGCAUAGGUCUGUCAAUUCCUAAGGAAAA